UCCGCCGGGCUCGGCUGCGCGCAUGCGCGGUGCGGGCGCGCUGACCUUCAGCGGGGCUGUGGUGGAGGCGCCGCCAUGUUCGCCCGGGGGGCUGCUGUCGCGCUUUACCAGCCGCAAUGGGGCCAAGUCAGGAAUAUGGCAACUCUAAAAGACAUUACCAGGCGUUUGAAGUCCAUCAAGAACAUUCAGAAAAUUACAAAGUCCAUGAAGAUGGUUUCUGCAGCAAAAUAUGCAAGAGCUGAGAGGGAGCUGAAGCCUGCUAGAGUCUAUGGAACAGGAGCACUGGCUCUCUAUGAGAAAGCGGAAAUAAAGGCCCCUGAGGACAAGAAGAAGCACCUCCUUAUUGGUGUGUCCUCUGAUCGAGGUCUGUGUGGUGCUAUCCAUACGUCUAUUGCUAAAACCUUGAAGAACGAGAUUACCAACCUCUCAAAUGCAGGGAAAGAAGUUAUGGUGGUUGGAGUAGGUGACAAGAUCAGAGGCCUGCUUCAGAGGACACAUGGCAAUUACUUCCUGCUGACAUUCAAAGAAGUGGGACGGAGACCUCCGAGCUUUGGAGAUGCUUCAGUCAUUGCCUCAGAGUUGUUAAACUCUGGGUAUGAAUUUGAUGAAGGUUCUGUCAUUUACAAUCGGUUCAGGUCUGUCAUCUCCUACAAGACUGAUGAAAAACCCAUCUUCUCCCUUGAAACAGUUGCUGGUUCUGAAAGCCUGAGUAUCUACGAUGAUAUUGAUGCUGAUGUGCUGAGAAACUACCAGGAAUUUACACUAGCAAACAUUCUGUACUACUCCCUGAAAGAAUCCACCACCAGUGAGCAGAGUGCUAGGAUGACCGCUAUGGACAAUGCUAGCAAAAAUGCCUCUGAGAUGAUUGACAAAUUGACGUUGACAUUCAACCGUACCCGUCAAGCUGUCAUUACCAAGGAGCUUAUUGAGAUCAUCUCUGGUGCUGCUGCUCUGUGAGUACCUGCGUAAAUGUGAAGCAGGAGUUGUUGCAAAGUGGUAUGAUGCUUGUACGUCCUGCUUCAGUCAGGGGAAGGUUAUGGCACGUAGAUCCUGAAACUGAAGGGAAGACAGUCCGUGGCAUGGCUCCCAAGUUCUUCAGCUUACGCAGUUCUACUAACAAGUGUGAAGUUUGGCAGUCUUUUUUGGCCAGAUAAACUUUAAAAGCUGGUAAAAUAGAUUUUUAGCCUCAACACACACCCUUGCCUGAACAGGCAGUGGGUUUCCCCGCUCCUCCCUUCUGCCUGGGCUUCUCCUUCAUCUGCUCAAACGGCCCGGUAGUGUUGGGUGGGGGGAGCAACUCAAGUGACUGAAAUGCUUUGGGGUAAAGCAGCCUGGGGUGGUGGUCAGAAGCUGAGGGGUUGAGGUCAGAAGAAGGAGGGAAUUUCCAGAGUCUGUUGAUACUGAAUGCAUAUUUUACUUUUAAGUUCAGUAAUUUGCUUAUUUCCCUGAGAAAGAGGUUUUGUCAAGGUGUGUACUGCAGGUUACAAAUAUGUGGGCUUAGACCACAAAUUGUAACUGCAUGUAGCUAAUGUGUAUUACACCUAACAGCUAAAAAUUUGUGCUGUACUCAGAUGUGUUAAUGUCCUGUGUGUUUACAGAAUGCCUGGAAUACAUACCAUAUAGCAGUUACGUGCUGUAUUGUGCUCCUCACAAUACAUUUACAGUCAUAAAUAUAUGCAUAGUUCUGCCUGAUUUGCAUGAUGUGCUUCCUAACCUGCUUGUUCUGUUUUUUCUCGUAAUACCAUAACCAGGGAUUAAUCGGAAAAAGCGGUUCAGCCAAAUCCAAGAGGUAAAGUUAUGAAAUAGAAACUAGAUUGUGUUUUAAAAUGAAUUAACACAGGAAAUCUUGGAAGUCAAAUGAGGCAAUCAGAACUCGGUGUUAUUGAGUGGACAAGCUUCUCUUCCCUGGGAAACUGCCCGUUGCUAGUUUGAAUCUGUCUGAACAAAAAGUUGUAAAGUGUCAAUAAUUUUAAGCAAAAUACAUCCCUGAUAGCAUACAUCAACAUUUGACAUAAUUUUCUGGGUUAUUGGAUUCAUUUGCGAUUGCUGUUUUAAUUUUUUCACAGUGCCCUGACCUUAUGCAAUGACUUAAAAAUGUCUGUAUGUAAGAUGUUGUACCUAAAGAGGUUUCUGUAGCAAAACAAGCAUAUUCAAAAUUUAAAACUUAAAAGAAAAAUAGACUUGAUAAAGGGGGGGGUGGGGUGUAAGGAAUAUUAAUGAGUUGAAGUAUUCAAAUUGGAGGAGACAAAAGUUUUAAAUAAAUGAAAGGGUUUUAAUUUGCUUCAAUUUUCCUUACAGGUGAAGAAGAGCUCUUCGGAGCACGUGGUCUAACCUGCCUGUGUCUGUGUUAACAAGACUUCUCUGUUAUUUUGCGAAGAAGUGGUAAAGCCUCAGAAAUCUGUAAAUUCUUACAAUAAACCACCUACAUGAAACAAA